AUGGCUGAAAGCAGUGUUGUUCCACUUCUUGAGAUACAAGACAAGUUCGUCACGUGUGAGAUUUGCUUUGAUUAUUUCGACGAUCAGGACAAAUCUCCACGUAUCUUACCGUGCUUGCACAACUUCUGCUGCCAAUGUCUGGAGUCGAUUUGGAAGAAGUCACCGACUGGAGUACGAUGUCCCAACUGUCGGAAGACAGAUACGUGCAAAAAGCACAACAACAUGAUUUUAGAUCUAUACUGCAAGAAUUGUGCAACUGAUAUCUGUUCAUCAUGUGUUCAUGUCUCUCAUAGAGACCAUGAGAUAUUGGAUCUCAAAGAUGUAUAUGAAGCAAAGAUGGACCACAUAAAAAGAACACUUAGAAAUUUACAAAGAUCAUCAAAAAGAGCACAAAAGUAUACAACAAGACUUUCUGGACAAAAUGCGACUCUAGAUUCGAUGAAAGAAAAUAUUCUAAAACAUAUUGAUGAUUCCUAUGAAGAAAUUAUUCACAAGUUGUCUGACAAAAGAAAACAGAUGAAAGAAGAUGUCAUUUCAAACAUAGAGAAACAAAAAGCUGACAGAAACGAGCAGAUGAAGUUGGUUGGACAGUCAGAAGUCCUCAAGGCGGACCAUGUUCUGCACUGUAAGCAAGCCGUGCAAUUCGCACGAGCUGCUGACUUUAUAGAAAUGGCUCCAACUCUUGAAGACAAUCUUCUCUCUGUGAUGGAAGGUCAGGAACUGGUUGAUAUUCCUAUACAAGAGGUUACAAUUGAUGACACGUUCAAGUAG